UUCCCAGAAAACCCCGCCAUUGUUAUCACCGGGCCAUGCGCACUGCUAUGUAGCCAAAAGGGAUGAGGUCAUCCGCGACAGCGGAUUCAUACCGUAUUGUGUAAAGGUUCAAAUUCAGAGAGGAGUUUGUGGAGACUGCUUUAACAAUGGUACAACUUUCAAGGUAGCUACAGCGGACGUGAGGAGAGGACCCCAGGCCACGCCCCCGCAGCAGCUGCCAUGCCCCCCCGAAAGCGUGGUGGGCGGAGCGUCUCCCUCUUCUUCUGCUGCUUCCAGAGCAAUGACCACCCGGAGAUCACCUACCGCCUGCGGCAGGACAGCGACGUGGCGCUGCAGAGCAUGGAGCCCGGCCUGCCCAUGCCCAGCGCCGACGAACUGGACGCCAUGUUCUCCGAGCUGGUGGAUGAGCUGGACCUCACGGAGAAGCACAGGGAGGCCAUGUUUGGGCUCCCUACUGAAAAGAAGUGGCAGAUUUAUUGCAGUAAGAAGAAGGAGCAAGAGGAGAACAAAGGAGCAACCAGUUGGCCCGAUUACUACAUUGACCAGCUGAACUCCAUGGCUGCCAGGAAGACACUCCUGGCUCUGGAGAAGGAGGAUGAGGAAGAGAGGAACAAGACCAUCGAGAGCCUGAAGACUGCUCUGCGGACACAGCCAAUGAGGUUUGUGACCCGGUUCAUUGACCUGGACGGCCUCACCUGCAUCCUGAACUUCCUGAAGUCCAUGGACUACGAGACGACCGAGUCGCAGAUCCACACGUCGCUCAUUGGCUGCAUCAAGGCGCUGAUGAACAACUCGCAGGGCCGCGCCCAUGUGCUGGCGCACCCUGAGAGCAUCAACACCAUCGCUCAGAGCCUGGCCACUGACAACGUCAAGACCAAGGUGGCCGUGCUGGAGAUCCUGGGCGCCGUGUGUCUGGUGCCCGGUGGCCACCGCAAGGUCCUGGAGGCCAUGCUGCACUACCAGAGGUUCGCCUGCGAGAGGACGCGCUUCCAGACCCUGCUGAAUGACCUAGACCGGAGCACGGGGCGGUACAGGGAUGAAGUCAACCUCAACACGGCCAUCAUGUCCUUCAUUAACGCUGUGCUCAGUCAAGGAGCUGGAGAGACGAGCCUGGAGUUUCGCGUACACCUGCGAUACGAGUUCCUCAUGUUGGGGAUCCAGCCUGUCAUUGACAAACUGAGGUCCCAUGACAACUCCACGCUGGACCGCCAUUUAGAUUACUUUGAAAUGCUGAGGAACGAGGACGAGCUGACGUUGUCCAAACGAUUUGAUGCGGUGCACGUAGACACUAAAAGUGCCACCCAGCUGUUCGACCUCAUCCGGAAGAAGAUGAACCACACAGACGCAUACCCACACUUCAUCUCCAUCCUGCACCACUGUCUCCUCAUGCCAUAUAAGCGAGGCGGGAACACUAUGCAGUACUGGCUCCUCCUCGACCGCAUUGUGCAACAGAUGGUCCUGCAGAAUGACAAGGGCCACGACCCUGAUGUCACGCCACUGGAGAACUUCAAUGUCAAGAAUGUGGUCCGAAUGCUGGUCAAUGAGAAUGAGGUGAAGCAGUGGAAAGAGCAGGCUGAGAAGAUGAGGAAAGAGCACCACGAGCUGCAGCAGAAGCUGGAGAAGAAGGAGCGCGAGUGUGACGCCAAGACGCAGGAGAAGGAGGAAAUGAUGCAAACGCUCAACAAGAUGAAGGAGAAGCUGGAGCGCGAGAGCGGCGAGCACAAGCUGGCCAAGCAGCAAGUGGCCGAGCUGACCUCCCGGCUGCACCAUCUCAGCACCCGCCAGAACACCGGCAUCCCUGGCGGCCCCCCUCUGCCCCCUGGACCCCCAGGUGGCCCCUUACCACCUCCUCCCCCUCCUCCUGCUCCUCCUCCACCACCCGGUGGUAUGCCGCCCCCUCCACCCCCGCCCCCCAGCGGUGCACCCCUGCUGCCGCCCCCACCCCCCCCUCCAGGUGGACCCCCACCUCCUCCUGGACGCCCCCCCAUCGGAGGGGUCCCGCCCCCACCCGGGGCGCCCCUGGGCCCGGCACUAAAGAAGAAGAACAUCCCCCAGCCCUCAAACCCUCUCAAGUCAUUCAACUGGGCCAAACUCUCCGAGAACAAGCUGGAGGGCACAGUGUGGACGGAGGUGGAUGACGUGAGGGUAUUCAGGAUCCUGGAUCUGGAGGAUAUAGAGAAAACCUUCUCAGCCUACCAGAGACAGCAGGACUUCUUUAUGGUCAAUAACAACAAACAGAAAGAAGCAGAGGACGACUCCCUGAGCGCUAAAAAGGUCAAGGAGCUGUCCGUCAUUGAUGGCCGCCGAGCACAAAACUGCAACAUCCUGCUCUCUCGGCUGAAGCUGUCCAAUGAGGAGAUUAAGAGGGCCAUCCUGACCAUGGAUGAACAGGAAGACCUCCCCAAGGACAUGCUGGAACAGCUGUUGAAAUUCGUUCCUGAGAAGUGUGACGUGGACCUCCUGGAGGAGCACCGGCACGAGCUGGACCGCAUGGCCAAGGCCGACCGCUUCCUGUACGAGAUGAGCAGGAUCAGUCACUACCAGCAGAGGCUACAGUCCUUGUACUUCAAAAAGAAGUUCGCCGAGAGGAUUUCUGAAAUCAAGCCCAAAGUGGAAGCUUUGGCCAAGGCCUCUAAGGAGGUCCUGCAGAGUGUGAACCUGAAGCAGCUGCUGGAGGUGGUCCUGGCCUUUGGCAACUACAUGAAUAAGGGCCAGCGGGGCAAUGCCUACGGCUUCAAGGUGUCCUCCCUCAACAAGAUCGCUGACACCAAGUCCAGCAUCGACAAGAACAUCACUCUCUUGCACUACCUGAUCACCAUUCUGGAGAAGAAGUAUCCAAAGGUGCUGCUAUUCCAGGAAGACCUGCAGAAUGUUCCAGAAGCUGCCAAAGUCAACAUGACGGAGCUGGAGAAGGAGAUCGGCAUUCUGCGGAGUGGCCUGAAGAACGUGGAGAAUGAACUGGAGCACCAGAAGAGGUGUCCCCAAACUCCAGGGGACAAGUUUGUGUCGGUGGUCAGCCAGUUUGUCACCGUGGCCGGCUUCAGCUUUUCUGACCUGGAGGACUCACUCCUUGAGGCCAAAGAGCUGUUCCAGAAGGCGCUGAAGCACUUCGGCGAGGACCUUGCCAGGAUGCAGCCUGACGAGUUCUUCGGCAUCUUCGACCAGUUCCUGCAGUCCUUCGCCGAGGCCAAGCUGGAGAACGAGAGCAUUCGGAGACGCAAGGAGGAGGAGGAGCGCAGGGCACGCAUGGAGGCCCAGCUGAAAGAGCAGCGUGAGAAAGAGCGUAAAGCCCGCAAGGCCAGGGAGAACGGCGAGGAGGACGGCGAGUUUGACGACCUGGUGUCAGCGCUGCGCUCAGGCGAAGUGUUCGACAAGGACCUGUCCAAGAUGAAGCGUAACCGCAAGCGCAUCAGCAGCCAGGCCGCCGAGACGGGCAGGGAGCGGCCAAUCACCAAGCUGAACUUCUGAGGCCGCUUCUCAGGAGGGGCCUGCUCUUUUCCCCCACCAGCCACGCUGCCCCCUAGUGGCCUGCCUCCUUGUGAUGCUCACCUCCCUGACCGUAACCGCCCCACAGAACUGAAACAGAACUGAGGAAAAUGAAAGGAACAGGAUGUUAAUCUUUCCCUCUGCUGCAGAGACUCAAAGAGACUGUGACUGUCUGGAAACAGUACCAAAAAAAUUAAGAAAAAAAGAACAUUUUAUAAUGCAAAGCAUGGACUCAAAACCAACAGGGCGAAGUCACAGCGGCUUUCCAAUGCCCUGAACGGUCUGCCAAAUGAACUUUGUAUGAAUUUUAUUGACGGUGACUAUAGGUCAGCGAACGUGACAGUGGACACUGUGGUGCGAUGCCAUGUCUGGUGGUACUGAGGACUGUUGGGCUCUGAGUCACGUGACCAGGUCAUGUUAUGCCCCACCCCCCAGGGUGUGUAUAUGGCGCUUCCAUUCACCUGUGGCUGUUUUUAAGAGGGAACCCAGCACAAGUCUCCCCCCCCACCCCCCAACCCAGCCUCCCC